ACCGAGAUAUGUGUUAUAACGGAAAUGGAACUACUUACAAUGGAAACGUCAACGUUACAAAAAAGUUCCAGACAUGUCUACAUUGGAGUAAAAUUACACAUUGUGUGAAUAAUCUAUAUGAAAGAAGUGAAUCUGCAUCAUUUUUAAAAGAAAACUUCUGUAGGCGUGCAGGCGAUGGUUUAGCACCAUGGUGUUAUACUGAUGUAGACCAGUGUUCACGUGACUAUUGUGAUGUUUGUAAUCUUGAGGAAUGUUAUGACAUCUUCGAUGACUGUAAUGAUCUAAUGACAGAAGAUAAGGAGUUUUGUUCUGUGGAUAUAGAGGCAUCACGUGGUUGUAGAAAAAGUUGUAAAUUAUGUAAUCUUGAGAAGCCUUUACCAGUGAAACGGGUAUCUUGUUCAAGCCCACUAAUACCCUUUGACGGGAUUCCAAAAAUACCCGUGAAAACAAGCUAUGCAGUUGGAGAAACUGUUUUAUUCAUGUGUAUAAACGGUGUGGAAACAGAUAGCCAUGUAUGUUUGGCUGAUGGUACAUGGUCAGGAGGGAACUUUGUCUGUGGAAAAUGCCCGCCAGGCUGGAUAACUUUUUCUGAAAGAUGUUACAAAUGGUUCGAUGUUUAUAUGACAGUGUAUGAAGGGAGAGAAUUAUGUGCCAACAUGAGCGCCUCUAUGUCGUCUGCUAAGGAUCCAAAGGAAAACGAUUUUUUGUUGACGUUAAGCGACAACAGUCGUUCCUUCUGGCUUGGUAUAGAAAAAGAUGAAAAUGAUGAGUAUAUAUGGAAAGAAGAUGGUUCAAUUGUUACGUGGACAAAUUGGGGACGAGGAAAUGAUACAUCAAAUGCAUGUGCAAAUGUAAACGAUGAGGGAAAGUGGAAUCGUUGGGGUUGUGAUUGGGAUUAUUUAUCUAUUAUCUGUAAAUUAACUCCAUCUAAUCGUGUUGAAUGUCUCGACUACAGACUUGAUUGCUUAGAUCUGUUAAAAGACGAUCCUGGGAUGUGUAUAGAUUUUGAAGAGUUUUCUAGGGACAAUUGUCCAUGGACAUGUGGCUUCUGUGGAACUGCAACCAUUUGUGCAAUUCCAACACUGCAACCAAAAACCAUUAUUAAAGCAGGAAGUGCUUUACGAACUCGUGUGGGAGGAAUAUUUUCAUAUAUUUGUGCUGACGGCUAUGAGCUAGAUAGUGGUAAUGAUAAAAGAGCUUGUCUCAGAGAUGGAAGUUUAACGGGCGAUCCACCAGUAUGCAUAGAGAGCCACUUAGUGCAAUCAAGAAACAAUGAUGUGUCUCUUCGCUCACGACGCAUGCUCGCCAAUGAAAGAAAAAUGUAUAUAGGAAACAACACAUUAAUGCGUAUUCAUAAAUCCGGGAGAGUUGUUGCCUGGACUUUCUAUUCAAUGGUUGACUGUGAGGUUACCUUCAGUAUUUGGAGACCUGUAGAUAAAGGACGGUUUACUCUAAUUGGACGGAAUACAAUCGACAAAAGUCGACACGAUAGGAAGCGAAAAGUUUACAUUCCUUUUGCUGAACAAAUAAGUGCACUUAAAGGUGAUAUAAUGGGUGUAUUUUUUGCCUACGGAAAAGGAUCUUGCAUUCCAUACGAUCUUUGUAAUCUUAAUAUGGACAAAUACGGGAAUCAGAUGGAAUCAAUGAACAUGAAAGGAAAGGCUGUGGUCUGGAAUAUAAAAGAGACUUAUCAGUUCAAAACUCUAACAGACAGUUCGCGGUGUAAAAUUUGGUCAUUCUCAGCUGUUGUUCAAUAAAUAUGCUUUGGGAUGACAUGUGUGAAUAGAGUCAA